AUGAUUGAUCAGCUUGGUGCGGAAUUAAGUUUACCUUUAUACGAUGGUGAUUUGGAUGACCCUGAAGAAUUCUUAAACGAUUCAACCACAAUGAGAGAUUUUAUGCGCGAUGAUUUAAGAGUUCAAACUUAUUUCGUUUUGAUGUCGUUAUUUAUUCGACAGACAUAUGAAUUCAGUUUUCUCGAACUACCGUUACUUUCAUUCAGCGCGCUUAAAAAUUUCAAACCUUGUGGUUCUAUCAUGGUAGCCGGGGAAGCUUCAGGUUUUUUUAGCAGGCUCAUUUAUUGUUGUCAACUGACGGUUAUCGGAUAUGUUUGGGCUGUUACUCCAGAUGAUGCAGAUGUAGUAAAACAGCUUCAAACUAUUCGAGAAACUUACAUGUUGAACGACACCAGAACGCCAUUGGGUGAACUGCAGAGUCAACGGGCCCUAGCCAUGCACAUUAGUCGUAACGAACCCUCAAUGCCAACUACCUAUUGGAUCGAUAACGACGUAAUUGUACAUCGCGACAUAAGAUUGGAAGUAAACAAAUUGGAAGGAUUUGUUCAAUCUUUAAUGGAACGGGCGAUAAAAGUUUGGAACCGACUGGUUUUUGAUAUAACAGUACCCAAUCUUGACCUCGGAGAUCAUAGAACGGUUCCGGAAAAUAUAUCAAAUCGAAAUGCGGCUUACAGCGGUUUAACCGAUGCGCGUGGUCAAAUUACGGAUAUCAAAAAUCAAUUCUUACAAAAGUUUAUGUCCAAGUUUUUUGACAAAGAUUUAACUGAUGAUGAGAAUUAUCAAAAUCUAUUUACCUCAACUUGGAUAACCGCUUAUGAACGAACGGUUGAAGAGUUCUUGGGUUUGAUACUUCUUUUGGUACACAUCAGCGUCGGACCAUCUGCCCGCGGUUCGGAAAUCUUAACCACUCGUUAUUCGAACACCCAAAGUUUGCGAAAUUUGUUUGUUUACGAGGGAACCAUCCUGAUCAGCAUUUGCUAUCAUAAAGCUCAAAAUAUGACUCAACAACAAAGAUAUGUUCACCGCAGCCUACCCCCACAACUAAGUCAAAUGGUAGCCAAUUUUUUGGUUUUCGUAAUACCAAUACGUUAUCUCGCUCUCUGGUGGUCACUUCGCGCGCAAAAUUCAGAGCGAUCCAAACGAGAUAUAACCAUCGAAGCCAGCCAAGCUCCCUUUCUAACUUACUUCUGGGCGAAGCAAAACGAUAGGUGGUGUAGCUCACAGUUAAGCGAUUUACUUCGCAAGGAAACCGUUAAAUAUGCUUUACCUGAGCUCUCCAUUCAAAGUUGGCGUCAAAUUAGCGUUUCUAUUACCAACCGCCUGUUCAAAGCUCACAGCGCAGCUAUGGACCCCGAAGAUGACGAGUUUGAAAAUGAUGACGACGAUUCAAUUGGUUUUGAAGAAUCAGACGUCUGGGAUCAACUUGCCUCCCAUUCUACCGACGUGGCCGAUAAGCGCUACGGGGUGCGGUUGGACAUAGGUUAUGCUAAAAACGAAAAAUCUUUGAUUGAACAUGUCAAUGCCUGCAGAGCUUGGCAGAAAUGGUUGAAAGUUGAUCAGCACCACCAACCGUCUAACAUCAAGAUCCGAGCCUCAGAGAUUGGUUCCAAACGCCCAAGAAGUGAAUCAUCUGCUUUGAUUAACAGCCAACCCAAAAGAUCGCUUAAAACCAUCGCCGUACAGCUCAGGUGGUCUAUGACCGUCGUGGAUCACCUUCUAUGUCGUCUCUUCAAAACGAAAACCCCUGAAUACCGAAGCCCACAACAGAAAUUAGCUCUAGAACACAUUGUAACCGGGACCACUCAGAUUUUAGCGAUUUUACCAACCGGAGGCGGUAAAUCAUUACUUUUCCAACUACCCACUCGUUUGACCGGCGCCAGAACUACGGUUGUGAUAGUACCAUUCAAAGCGCUCCAAGAUGAUAUCAUGGAAAAAACCUCAAAUUUGGGAAUACCGAACAGCCGUUGGGAUAACGCCAACAAAGAUCAACUCAAACACAAUUUGAUUUUUGCCAGCUUGGAGCACGUCAGAGAUACCAGCUUUCAUUCUUUCUUGCAACGGUUGCAAGCGGAACAAGCUUUAGACCGAAUAGUUCUCGAUGAAUGCCAUCUAGCUCUGACGGAAGAUGUGAGCUACCGACCCACGCUGUUGAUGUUGAAUCAACUACGUUCGUAUUCUGUGCAAAUGGUAUGCCUAACUGCUACCUUACCCAUAACCGAAGAACCCCGAUUCCGCCGCCUUCUGAGUUUCGAUGAAGAUGAACUCGAGAUUGUUAGAGCGCCUACCAGCCGAUUCAACCUUAAAAUUCAAUGCACCACGUACGGUAGUUGGAAAGAAAGCCAAAUGUUGACCAAGCAAGCUCUGACCAACUGGUCGAAGCAUUAUGAGAACCUUGACAAACGGGCGGUUUGUUUCGUCAACCAGACAAAAGUAGCUGAAGAACUCAGCUCCAAUUUGGAAUGUCUGUACUACCAUGCAACCAUGAUCAAGAAGGAAGAAAUGUUCAACAAGUGGCGCGCGGGUUCCGAACCGGGUCACAAAGUGAUGGUAACAACGGCAGCCCUGUACCAGGGCGUAGAUUUGAGCAACAUCAACUAUGUGGUGAUGCUAGAACCGCCUAGUUCCAUUUAUCACCUCAUCCAAGCCAUGGGUAGGGGCGGUAGGGAUGGCGAACAGGCGACAAUUCUCAUCAUAAUUCCCACGACCUGGAGACCCAGAUUUUCAACUACUGCGACGACAUCUCAAGCGCUGUUGGAAGAAUUUCUAACAACUGAUGGUUGUCGACACUUCGUGCUGAGCAAGGGUAUGGAUAAUAUGAUGGAAUGCUGCAAACCCAACGAAGUCGAUCGAAUCAGCUGCGAUAAUUGUGCCAGAUCCUCCGCCCAAGCCCCACCCUGGUUCGUAGGCAAAUUACCACCUCCGAAGAGGAAUAACCUGCCUCUUGUAAAGGAAAUUCAAUACAAGACCGUUGCGACUAAAGAACCCUCGACUUCGGAAUCCAUUGCUCAGAAGCGGCUCACGAGCGGAUCCAACAAAAUUCGCAAAGAAAAGGCAACCCAACAAGAACAGUUGCAAAAUUUCAAAGAAGGUCUUUCUCUGUUCAAAAAUGCAUGUUCAAUUUGCGACACCAAGAUCCUGCUAUCCCACCACCCCUUAACAGGGCCGCCUCUGCAUAAAUUUCAUAGUUGCAAGGCUAAGUUCCAUUUUUUGGAUUCGCGAAAGUUGUUUUUCAAAUUGCAACAGAACGGUUCCUGUUACAUGUGCUGCCUUCCUGAUGAAAUUUGCGGUAGAAGUCAAGAUUCGGGCAAGUGCUCUGGGCAAUACAAAGAUAUCUUGCUGCCUUUGUGUUGGUCCGUGUUCUGGUCACCAGAAUACUCUAACCAGCUACCAUCGGAAAUUCAAGACUUUGACGGUGAUCAGUUUAUGAGUUGGCUAGGUAAGAGCUACAUGUUUUUAGGCAUGCGUAGUUGCAAUGCUGUUCGUUUAGCAGCAAGUGUUAUAGCGGCGAGCAGUAGUGAGACCUGA